AUGGCUAGUACUGAAGCUAAUGCUAAUGUUAAGGUUGAUCCUAGCACUGUUCUUGGUAGUGUUUACUACAUUCAUCCUGCUGAUAGUAGUAACACAAAAUUAGUUCAUGUUUUGUUUGAUGGAAAUAGUUACAAUGAUUGGAAGAGGUCUAUAAUGUUAGGCUUAUCUUCUCGAAAUAAGUUAGGCUUUGUAGAUGGGUCUUUGAAAUGUCCUGCACCUACUGAUGUUGAUUAUAAAGCCUGGCAGAGAUGCAAUGAUCUAGUGCUAGGUUGGCUGUUGUUUUCUUUGGAGAAAAAUGUUGCAAAAAGUGUGUGGUUUUGUAAAACUGCUAAAGAUCUUUGGAAGGAUUUAGAAGAAAGGUAUGGUCAUACUUCAGCCACACAACAGUUUACUUUGGAACAAUCUUUAUCUGAGUUACAUCAAGAAAAGAAUGAACCUAUUUAUGUUUUCUUCACUAAAAUCAAGGCUAUAUGGGAUGAGAUGGAUAACAUUGAUCCAUUACCUUAUAUGUACUUGUACAAAUUGUACAUGUACUUUGUCUGA